UCUCCCCUCCAUGAUUAACUUUUCUACACUCUGCCCAUUUCACUCUUCAUUUUUCAGAGUGGUCUCCUCUGCAACUGGCUUUCAUUUCCUCUUCCAGUUUUCACAGUUCACAGUGGUUUUCCCUUGACCUUAAUUUUCGAUCUUGGUGGUUUCCAAUGGCUUUGAGCACCCACAGGGCCUCCUCAUCUCGUGCUUGGGCUGAACCACCUCCCCAGUGGAAUUUCGAUGUUUUCUUGAGUUUCAGGGGUGAAGACACCCGCACGGGUUUCGUCUCCCAUUUAUUCCGCGAACUGCAGUACCGGCAAGUAUUCAAGACUUUCAAGGACGACCGAGAGCUUGAAAUCGGAGCUAGUAUCUCUCCAGAGCUCUUGAGGGCAAUCGAACAAUCACAUCUCGCCAUCGUUGUUCUCUCACCCAACUAUGCUUCUUCCACUUGGUGCUUGGAUGAACUUUCCAAAAUUAUCGAGUCCAUGGAAACCGGAGAUAAGAGAAUUCUGCCGGUUUUCUUUAAUGUGGAUCCAUCCGACGUUCGACAUCAGAGGAAGAGCUUUGAUGAAGCCUUUGCUAAGCAUGAAGUAAAGUUCAGUAACGACCCAGAGAAGGUGGAGAGGUGGAGAGAGGCUUUAAGAAAAGUGGCCAAUCUCUCUGGAUGGGAUAAAAAAAAUUAUAAAUGUGAAAGUGAGCUUAUAGAAGUCAUUGUGAAACGUGUGUGGGAGAAAGUGCUUCCUACGAUCACAUUGUCAGAUUCCAAAGAAAAGUUAGUCGGAAUUGAAUUUAGACUCUGGCAAAUGGGUUUUCUUUUAGCUCCUGAGGAGAAGGAUGUUCGAUUUAUAGGAAUAUGGGGUAUGGGUGGAGUGGGUAAGACUACCCUUGCUAGGCUAGUGUUCGAGAGAAUUUCCCAUCAUUUUGAAGUGGCUGAGUUUCUUGAUGUCAGGAAGUUUCAUGGUCCACUAGUCAAUCUUCAAAAACAGGUUCUUUCCCCAGUCUUGAAGGAAAAUGUUUCACAAGUUUGGGAUGUUUACAAAGGAACCUUUUUCAUUAGAAAAUGCCUGUCUAAUAAAAAGGUUCUUCUUGUUGUUGAUGAUGUUGAUAGCCGUGACAUCCUAGAAAAAGUGGCUCUAGAUAAAUCUUGGUUUGGUGAUGGAAGCAGAAUCAUUGUUACAACUAGAGAUAAACGUCUCCUCACCGAGCGUCAUAUAGAAUUAUCAUUUGAGCUGGGGCGGUUGGAUGACAAUAAUGCUCUUGAGCUCUUUAGUCACAAAGCCUUCGAAAAAGAUCAGCCAGAGGAAGGGUUUUUAGAGCUUUCCAAGUGUUUUGUAGAUUAUGCCAAAGGGCUCCCAUUAGCUCUUAAAACUCUGGGAAGUUCUUUGUAUCAGAGAAAGCUAGAGGAAUGGAAUAGUACAUUGGAGUCACUAAAGAGAAUUCUUAAUCCGACAAUUUUCGAUUCGCUCAAAUUAAGUUAUGAUGCCCUGAAUCAUUUACAACAGGAGAUUUUCUUGGACAUUGCAUUCUUCUACAAGGGGGUGGGGAAGGGGCGAGUUAAUCAACUGCUAGAAUAUUGUUAUGACUAUAAUUGUCUUAUUGAGAUAAAUGUUCUUAUCGAGAAAUCUCUCUUAACUAUUGAUCUGGACAACAAUGUCGGGAUGCAUGGUUUGAUAGAAGAAAUGGCAUGGGAAAUUGUUUGUCAACACUCUCGUGAGGAGCCUGGUCUUCGCAGCCGUUUGUGUCAUCGUAAGGACAUCUUUCUUGUAUUCACGGGAAAUACGGGAACAGAUGCAAUCAAAGGCAUACAGUUAUGUUUACCUUGUUUAGAAGAGGCAGAUUCAAGCUGGAAUUUUGAAUGCUUCUCUAGGAUGCCCAAACUAAAGUUUCUUGAAUUUGAUAAUUUAAUAAUUAGUUCAGGCCCCACAUUCCUCCCAAAUUCCUUGAGAAUUCUCAUAUGGAAUUGGUAUCCUUCCAAAUCUCUUCCAGCUAGUUUCCGGCCAAAUAUGCUUGCUGAACUGAAGAUGCAAAGAAGCAAUCUUGUCCGGCUUUGGGACGGAAGACAGGACUUGCCUUACUUGAAAUAUAUGGAUCUUAGUGAGUCCAAAAACUUGAAGGAGACCCCAGAUUUCACAGGUAUUCCGAAUCUUGAGGAGUUGAGUCUUGCAAAUUGUGACGGUUUAGUUAAGGUCCAUCCAUCCAUUGCGGUCAACAAAAAGCUUAAACGGUUGAUACUCAAUCAAUGUAAAAAUGUCAAGAGUUUCCCAAGUAAGAUUGAAAUGGAUUCUCUCGAGUUUCUCAACCUUUCUGACUGCUCAAAAGUAAAGAUUCCAGAAUUUGGAGAAGGGAUGAAAAAUUUGUCAAUCCUUCUCAUACCUGGGACCGCCACUGAGGAACUAACUUCAUCAAUUGAACAUCUGGUUGGCCUUACUAGUCUGGAUAUAUCUGAUAGCAAAAGUCUCCUGAGUUUUCCGGGUACCGCAAUUUUUAAACUGAAGUUUCUUAGACAACUCCAGAUGGAUGGAUGCCCAAAGCUUAAGAAACUUGUGGAAAAUACGGGGAAGGCAGAGUCUUUAAAGCCACCAGCCUUGCGACAAAUGUUUGAUGGCUUAUUUAAAAGAAAGGGUCCAAAGUCUGUGUUCUUGGCGUUGCCAUCUUCAAGGGAUUUAUCGUCUUUGUGGGAGUUAACUCUAAGUGAUAGUAAUCUGUGUCAAGGAGUUAUCCCCGACGAUAUUGGCUACUGCUUGCCAUCUCUAAAUAAGUUGGAUCUUGGUGGAAAUAAUUUUGAUAGUCUUCCUGCAAGCAUUAGAUGCCUUUCUAAGCUUCGGUCCAUUAAUUUGAAGGGGUGCAAAAGGCUUCAACAAUUACCGGAUCUCCCACCGAAUGCGCAAUUAGAAGUAAGGGCAGACGAUUGUUAUUCCUUAAAAUUGUUCUCAGAACCGCAGGGCAGAUUCACCUAUUUUCACUCGUUUAAUUUAACAACUGUCAAUUGCUUUGGAUUGAUUGACAAUGAAGGCUUGAAUAAUGGAAUAUUUUCAAUGCUAAGGAGAUUGGCCGCUCAGGGGAUCUCUCCACACUAUCACUCAUCCCGCACUGUUCUUCCUCCGUCAUUCGAUAUUGUAAGUCCCGGAGGUAAAAUUCCAGAGUGGUUCGAUAUUCAAAGCGAGGGAGAUUCAUUGACUGUGGAGCUACCUCCGGAUCGGGAAUCAUGUAGUUCAGGGUGGAAGGGCAUUGUGUUUUGCGUUGUUUUUGCCGAUCCGAAAGAUCCUGUCAGUCUCGAGUUUAAUCAUUUGACAAUUAAAUGUUUAUCGCCUGCUGUUGGUCUACCACACGUAAUAAACUUAAACCUAAGGCAUAUGAUGGGAGAUCAUCUUUGGAUGUUUUAUAUGCCUCGUUGUCAACUCCAGUAUAUCACAAGCUGCUCUAUUAGGUCCUCAUUCGACGCGCAACAUGUCGGGUAUAGGUGUAAAUAUAUUCCAUGCUCGAAUUGUGUGAAGAGGUGUGGGGCCCGAUUGUUGUACGAGCAAGAUUUGAAAAUCCUCCUCAAUGGAACAACCAAAAUCUUGAAGCGGAGUCCUGAAUAUUGUGACUCGGAGGAGGCAGAGGCAGGGGAAGGUCCAAGUAGUGCAAUUGCAAGUGGUAGCCCUAACAAAGAAUCAUUUUUCAAAAGACGCUUGAACACUAAUCUUUCUCUGGAGAGGAACUACCCCUUUCUGCUUCUUGUUCUCAUAAUGCUGGGCUGCUUGUGGUCUCUUUGGCGACAAUGGUCUUGCGCUAUUCCACCUUUGAGUACUUGAGGAGCCCAUUCACAACAAGAUUUGUUGCGCAUUGGCUGGGGCCAUCUCUGCCUCCGUUACGAUUCUAUGUUGAUGUUAUGAAGAUGAGGCUGAUCAAGAUGUUGCUUUGAUUGGUUUGAAAUUUCUCUUCUCAGUUGCUUGUCUCAUUCGUGCUACAUUUCUACUGCUCACAUUCAUUCCUACUAAUAGUAAAUUCUUGUUGCAAUUUUUGGUGUCCUGUAAAUUAAUUUUCUAAUAGUAAUGAGUAGAAGACUAGAAGUAGAAGUCUAAGACCAUGACAAUAUUUCUAAUCCAAUUCAUUACUCUUUGUAUUCUCUUUCACGGAAUGUUACUGCCUGUGAGAUAUCAUUAUAUUAGUUACUAUGUAAUUAUGUA